AUGGGCGUCCCCGUGCGCUUCACGCCGCUCUGCGGCGCGCGCGCCGAGGGCGCCCCCCUGGCGCACCUCCUGGAGCUCGGCCCCCCGGACGCGUCCCUCACGCUGCUGCUCGACUGCGGCUGGGGCGGCGCCGCCGACGGCGCGGCGGAGGAGCUGGCUCCGCUGGUUGCGGCGCUGCCCCGCGUCGACGCGGUGCUGCUGUCGCACCCGGACCCGCGGCACUGCGGCGCACUGCCGGUCCUGGUUGGGAAGCACGGGCUCAAGGCGCCCGUGUUUGGGACGGCGCCCAUCGCCAAGAUGGGGGCGAUGUUCGCAUAUGACGCCUUCUUGUCGGCGCAGUCCAACCUCUAUGCCCCUGCCCCGCUGCGGCCACUACUAACCUUGUCCCAGGCGACCCAGGAUCUUAGCGCCUAUGACUUGGAUGACGUGGACAGAGCCUUUGCAGCUGUCACCAAGCUCAAGUACACGCAGCCCGCCACGCUGCCGGGACCCAGGGCGGCGGCGCUCGCGGCGCGCCUCGGCUGCGGUGGCGUGGCGGUGACGCCGUUCCCCGCGGGCCACCUGCUGGGCGGCGCUGUGUGGCGGAUCGAGGUGGCGGGGGAGGAGGUGGUCUAUGCUGUAGACACCAACCACCGCAAGGAGCGCCACCUGUCCGGCAGCCACCUGGAGGGCGUCACCAGCCGCCCCGCCCUGAUGGUGGUCGGGGCGGCCUCGGCAGCCACGCAGCCCGUGGAGCGCGCCCGCCGCGACGCGUCACUGCUUGAGGCACUGCUGGCGGCGCUGCGCGCGGGGGGCAACGCGCUGCUGCCCGUGGACACCGCGGGGCGGGUGCUGGAGCUGCUGCUGCUGCUGGACGACCAUUGGGGCACCGCCAAGUGA